ACAAAUGUUUCGCCGCGAAACAAAGCUGGCUGAUAUGUUCGUUGGAGUGGGGCGAACACGGCACGGUUGUGUCAGAAAUGAGGCCAUGUCAUAGGUGAAAAGGCUUUGUUACAAGAGUAUCAUGGAGUCUGUAGAUCUGCAAAUGGAGGAUAUAUUUGAGGUGGGUGAGGCAGACGAGGAUCUUUUCACCAAUCAUACUUCCAUCCCUGAUCUGCCGCCAGCAGUGGGCCUGGGGGAUGCCACUGAUGCCGUACCUAAUAUUGAGAAUGAUGCGGUGUUGGCUAGGUUACGGGAUUUGUCUAAAGGAGCCGCAAAACGAACUGUCCAGCGAGUUCAGCCAAAACUGGAUGCUGCAAGAUUGACGGGAGACAGAGGUAUUGGUGUUCUACCCAAGGUUUUCAGAGAUGUGAGGCUCAAAGGAAAAGGUCAUGAGGCAGAAGAUGUACAGAAGGUGAUGAGGUAUUUGGAACAUUGGACACACCGACUAUUCCCAAAAAUGCCCUUUGAUGAAGUUUUGGAACGAAUCGAAAAACUAGGUACCAAGAGAGAAGUUCAGACAUACAUUAAAAGGAUGAGGCUCGACAUCCCAGUUGAGAACGAAGAGAAUGCUGUAAUAGAUGAAACUGAGGACAUCUUCAAUUCAAGUAAUAGUAACCAGAAACAGACUGAGAAUGUGGGAAAUAUUGGGGAGGAUGAGGAAGAGGUCUUAGAUGAACUGAUGAGGGAGGAGGAUGGACAGAGGAAUCAAUCACAGCUAAACCCGCUCACCUCUCUCAGCACACACUCAACCUGCCAAUCCACUCCACUUGCCUCAGCAGCUCUCGGUGAUACUUCUUCAGGGGGACUCACGGCAAAGCAGCUUGAAAGAAUUGAAGCAAACAAGCGCAGAGCCCAAGAGCGUCGCCAAGCCAAACUGGGGCAAAAACCACCAGGUCCCAACGUUGCUCAGGUCAACUCCUUCCUGGUGGAUCCCUGUCCAGUAUCAAACACAGGCAGUCCGGUUCUGCCAGCAAGUCCUAGAGGGAGUCCUGACAAAGACAGUUCAGGAUGUCUCAACGGUGAUGGAGUAACAGGUACGGAGCGACCAGGAUCUAUCAAGGCUGAUGAAGUGGCCCCUAUAGAUCAACCAGGAUCUCUCAAGGCCAAUGAACUGACGAGUACGGAUCAGCCAGGAUAUAUCAAGGCUGAUGAACUCGCCAGUACGGAUCAGCCAGGAUAUAUCAAGGCUGAUGAACUGGUCAGUACAGAUCAACCAGGAUGUAUCAAGGCUGAUGUACUGGUCAGUACAGAUCAACCAGGAUCUCUCUGUGCCGAUGAACUGACCAGUACAGAUCAACCAGGAUCUCUCAAGGCUGAUGAACUGGCCAGUAAGGAUCAACCAGGAUCUUUUCAAGGCUGAUGAAUUGG